AUGAAACGCCAUUUUGCGGUUCACGGUGUUCCAGAAUUGCUGAUGACUGACAAUGGCACCCAGUUUGUGAGUGAAGAAUUCAAGUUAUUUGCGAAAGAUUGGAGUUUUAAGCAAGUGACCAGUAGCCCAACAUAUCCUCAAUCGAAUGGUCUUGCAGAGAAUGCAGUUAAACAAGCCAAGAAGCUAUUAGAAAAAUCUAAGAGGGAUGGAUCUGAUCCUAUACUUGGGUUGUUAAACCUAAGAAAUACGCCUAGGGAUGAUAGUCUUGGUUCACCUGCACAGCGCCUUAUGUCGAGAAGAACUCGAACAGUUCCUCCGAUGUCAAAUAAGCUUCUUAAACCAAACGUCAUUCCAUGCAAACAAGUGUCACAAAGGAUACGUAGGAAACGAAAGCAUCAGAAGACCUAUUACGACAAAAGUGCAAAGAUAUUUGGAACUUUGAAAGCGAAUCAAAUUGUUAGAAUGCAAACGGCGAAAGGAUAUGAUAGGAUUGGCGUAGUUAAGCAAGUAGCAAAGGAACCCCGGUCGUACAUAGUCGAAUCAAAUGGAAAAGAGUAUAGAAGAAAUCGAAGACAUUUGCUUGCUGUACCAGAACUAUAUUAUAUCAAAGAAGAACCUGACGAACCAGAUGGAAGCGCACCAUUUGAGAGUUCUCCACAACCAGUAUCAAACAACUCUACAGUUAAUACGGUUCCCGAUGAAAAUUACGAAGUUCCACAACAAGCAGCAUCAAUCCCAACACCCAUAUUACCACCAGGUCAAGUUGUAACAAGAUCCGGAAGAGUUUCCAAACCAAAUAGAAGAUACCAAGAUUAUGUAGUGUGA